AUGGGAACCAUUCCUAUAUAUUGUGGAAAGCAUGCCGAAAAUAAAUUUAUCGUUGUUAUUAAAAAUAAUUUUUCAGUUUCUAAAAUCAUGUCUGACCGUGUAAAAAAAUAUCGGGCAUUAAAAAAGUACAUGGAUAAUAGAUCUCAACCGCCUAAUACACCCUCAUUGUUAAUUGAUAAUGAUCAUAAUACAAAUGAUCAUGAUCAUAAUAAUUUAAGCAGUGAAACAAUUGUAAAUAGUGUUGUAAAUAAAGAAAAUAAUUACGGUGCAUUUGUUAGUGAUAAUGAAAGUAGUUUAAGUGAUUGUGUUGAUGACAGUUAUCAGUCUAUAUACCCGGCAGAAAGUGAGGUUAUUAUUUCUAAUGAAACAGAUACUGAUAGUAGUGAUAGUAAUAAUCAAAGUAUUGCCGAAGAGAACGUAAAGUGCGAAAUAAAUAACUCAUCCGAUAUUGUUUUUGAAGGAAAUUUAUACUCCAGCGUUUCAAGUAUUACUAUUAAACAAAACUAUUUAAGUUCAAACCGGCCGGAUAAUAUUAUUUUAUUAAAAAAUAAUAAAGUGAUUAUAAUUGAUCAACUAUUGACAACGAAAACAAACGUAGAAAAAACACCGAAGUUGAACGAAAUUUACAUUCUCGGACGUCAAAUGCUCAAUGCUGGUAAUCUUUUUGAUUAUCCCACUCCGUCAAAAGACGUUGCAAUUCGACUAACUGAGUUAGAAAAUGACAAAAUUUUUCAAAAGUUAUCUUAUGAGGACAAAUGCAAUAGCUACAUUUCUGUGAAAUCUAGUAAAAAUAAUCAAAGGAAAGAAGAAGAAAUUAGCGUACACAUAUAA